AAGUGCUGCACGUGAAAGAGUUUGAGGACUUUCUAUCAGGAUUGAAGAUUGUGUACGUGCAGCCUUGGCAAACUCUGGACAAUGCCGGUACCAAAGGAACGCAUCCGACGCUAGAAAUUUUGAUGGCAAGGCAAAGACAAAUGCUUCAUGGGGAAGAAAGUCGCCUUCUCCGAUAUACUCCAAAGGUUUUGGUGUGUUUGGUUCGGGAGCUUUCAAGCCGUAUUGUUUUGAGCAAAAUCAACAAAGAAGCAGUCGCUUCUGCUCUUUUGCAAGGAUUGGCACUUGAGAUGACAACCGAAAAAGAUCAAAACUUCAUCUCAGACGUACAAACGGCGAAGAAAAAGCUAAACACGGGCAAUUGGGAGGUACUUUGUAGCCUCGAUGUUCGAAUACUUGUGCAGCUGUUUCUAGAUUGGUUUUACCUUCUUAAGGAUCCCAUAAUCCCCGAUGCAGCUUUAAGCAAAGCGUUAAGUCGUGGCGAGAUUCGAGCUGCAAAUUACGAGCUAAAGAAAGGUGGCAAGUGUUGCUUUUACACAAUCAGGCUGUUGGCUUGCUGGAUGCUUCAGGUUGUUCCGGCAGAAAAAGACAUGCGACGCAGAUUGUUUAGCGGCUUGGCACAUUUAUUACUUCGACCGUCGAGUCUGGCCAGCGAGGGAAAAGUAGAGCUCUUGGACAAGAUUGUAGAUCCAUUAAAUCAGGAACAUCAGAAGACGGUGGAGAGAAGCAGCACCUUUUCUCCAUCGCUGCUGGAGGUAGAGUUCGGUUUGCUUUUGGAGGCGGCUGCGAAAUACUGGUACAAAGUUUUGCUCCUGCAACGCAAGCUCGGCCCACUAAGCUCCAUCAGUCCCAAGCUGAAAACAACCAAGAGCGACGACUUAUGGGUGUACGACAAGGCUGGUAUCGAGGCAGAGAUUUGUAGCAAUCCGGAGAGCGUCGAGGAGCUGCAAAGUGGCAACGAAGACGUCCAAGAAUACAUGUCAACUGUUUGUGUAGAAGAUAUCAUCGACGAGGUCUCGUCUAGCGGACAGCUCGUCUUACCGAGCGCAACCUCCACUCCCAUAUCAUCGAGGCCGGAAUCCAGCAAUGUGUCAACUCCUCACAGAGGCUGACAUGACUCCGGCAAAGCGAGCUAGCAUCUCUUUUAGCGGGGGGGCUUAAAGCGACUCACAGGCAUCUCGGGGAGCUUGCGACACGUAUGUGAAAGUGGCAGUGGUUACUGUGAAGGCAUCGAUCACAAAGCAAGGUUGUCACAGGUAGAGUGGAACAGGAAAGUUGAGAAGCGAUGGAUCGUAUAUGUGAAAGUAAAGGUACUUCAAAAGCAGCCGAGUCAACAGGGGAGAAAUAAAGGCGUAAACUUUUCAUCGCUCUCGUGUCCAGCUCAGAGGAGAAAUCGGUUUCUUCCUUGUUCUUCGACUCCUCAACUUCGCGGAACGAGCGCGUUGAUAGAAUCUUUGCACACCGGGGAGUCAAAAGAGAUCGAUCGAUCGAUUGGUGGAGCAAUGGCUAAGUGAUCAUCGAUCAUAUACGAUUAUCACGCUACAGCUUCAAAGCUACCAAAGCUCUACAACUUGACUGUUCGACUGUGCAUAAGGAUUGACUCAACGCCCCCAGGAUUCGACGCUUCUUCGCCUCGUCUCAGAGACACAAAAUGGUUGUGUUCCUUGAACCGUGCUCGCGAGCUCGACAAAACACAAUCGGAUCAGAGCCAUAAAAAGCCUCUCGCGUGACAAUCCUCAAACAUAAUCCGGACGUUGACACGGCGAGAUCAAACUUUAUUUUGUAGCUGGGAAAGAGAAGCGAAAGUUGCUAAUGAGCGCUGAGAAAAGCGCGGCUGUCUUUGUCGACGAACACCACACUGUUGAGUUUUAUCGCUGCUCCCAGAUCGGCUGCUGGCACGAUUGGCCCUCGCGAUCAAAAAAAGAAAAGAAAAAUCUCUCGCACGAGAGGUGGUCCAGAUAAUCACAUCGAUCGUACCGGAGUGAGCGGUCGAGGUGAAUAGAAACACAAGUAUGCGU